AUGGCGUGCAGUAAAUACGAGCUUGGGUAUGAAGACAAUCGCUUCGAGAUCGUUGUCAGUCAAAGAUUUCACUGCCCCAUUUGUUUCCUAGUUCUUAAAGAUCCCGUUAUGUGCAAGAACGAACACUACUAUUGUUCUUCAUGUAUGAAAAAGCAUUUGGAAAAGUCCUCGUCCUGUCCGACGUGUCUUGAACACCUCAGCGUCGACACACUAAAGCCAGCUUCGAGGAUUGUCAAGGAUUAUAUAUCUGAGCUGAAUAUUCAUUGUGAUUUCCACCCCAGAGGGUGCCUUGAAAUGGUUCAAGUUGAAAAUCUCAAACGUCACGUUGCGAGUUGUGGAUUCACUCCCGUGCAAUGUUCCAAUGAUGGAUGUAAUGUUCUCGUGAAUGUGAGAGACAAGCUUCACCAUGAAACUGAAGUAUGUGAUUUUAGGAAACUGAAAUGUCAUGACUGUGGUCAACUGAAGAACGAAGUGAAAGAAUUGAAAGACAAAAUGUUGGUUCGACAAGAUCAAAUAAAGAAUGAAAUGAAGAGCAUGAAAGAGGCAGUGAAAAGUGAAGUAAAGGGAGAAAUGGAUAAGAUGAAAAAAGAAAUGAAGAUUGGAAUAAAAAGAAUGAAA